GUCUUAUUUACUGGCUAUCAGAUUCCCCUUCAAAGGUCAAGGCAGAGUUUAAGGCACAGCGGGUGAAGGGCACGCUGGCAUCUUAGGGACAACUAGGAAUUUGGCUUUGUGACUGACCUGGCGAUUAAUGUUGUGUACUUGGACCUGGAGUGGAUGUUAACCUCGCCUCUCGGGGAAGUGCGUGCCCCACGCCCGGGACAGUGUCUGGUGGGACCUGCAUGUUGGGUGAGGAGAGGUCUCCGAGGCCUGUGGUUGAUGACAGACUGGCCUUGGCCCGUGCUGGUGUAGUUUAAUACUGGCCCUCAGCAUGGCGAGGGAGAAGGAGGGGCCCCUGGGCAGGAAGCCAGCAAGAGUAGGGGCAGCCUUGAACUGGCUGGGAGCUGGGAAAUCCCUGGAAGCCUGAUUUCCUCCUGUAGGUGCCAUGAGGGUCCCUGAGGCAGAGGGCAGCCUCCCUGGCCUGUCCUUCCCAGGUCCUCUAGGAUUCUGGCCUCCUUUCUGGGUCUCAGGCGGCCGGACCUGCUGGUGGAGGCUCACGCUUGACUCAUUUGUACGAGUGGUGCCUGGACUUAAGAGUGAGAACUGUUUUCCCCUGAAUGUGGGCCACUGGCCCACGCACCCCAGGACACGUGUCUGGGGUGGAACUACUCCUGAGCAGGUGGGGGGUGGGCGGGUGUGUGAGGUUGCACCUGACUCAGCUCAGAACAGCUCCUCCCCCUGCUUGGCCGCAGGCCCAUGCUGGUAUUUUAGGGGGUGUUACGGAGCCACAGAGUCAUCUGGCGCGGGCGGAAGCCUCUGUCCCGCCCUGCCUGCCAUCAGGAGACAGCUCCCCUAUAAAAGGGCUGACAGCUCAGCUCUCCUCACUGGGGGAGCGGAGAGCGGGGGGACCAUGGACGUCAUCAGUGUCCAGCAGUUGGUAAGUGGAGAAAGAGAAGAAAGGAAAGUGUUAGGACGUGGACAUGAAGCUCCUGAACCUGGAGGCUGGCCGAGUGACUGGAGGCGGGGACCUCAGGAGGCCGUGGCCCGGGAGAGGUGGAAAGUGGAAGAAGAGAAGAGGAGGAGACUUGAGAGAUUUGCCAGUUCCAGAUUUCAUCUGGACAGUCUGGCUGACUUGGAAAACUUGGUUCAAAGAAGAAGAGAAAAACGACUGAAACGCGGAGUCCCCCCCAGGGCACCUGAGCCCGUGGUUAAGCUACAGCCCCAGCCCCAGGCCCAGCUGGAGCCCGUGGGCCUGGACACGUUCCUGAAGGCAGCUGCUGAGAACCAGGAGGCCCUGAUUGACAAGUACCUGGCAGACGGAGGGGACCCCAGUGCCCAUGACAAGCUCCGCCGCACAGCCUUGCACUGGGCCUGUCUGAAAGGUCACAGCCAGCUUGUGAACAAGCUGCUGGAGGCGGGGGCCACUGUGGACGCUCGUGACUUGCUGGACAGGACACCUGUGUUCUGGGCCUGCCGUGGAGGCCACCUGGACAUCCUAAAGCAGCUGCUUAACCAGGGAGCCCAGGUCAACGCCCGGGACAAGAUCUGGAGCACUCCCUUGCACGUGGCCGUGCGCACGGGGCACUGUGAGUGCCUGGAGCACCUCAUCGCAUGUGGGGCCCACAUGGACGCACAGGACAAGGAAGGGGACACAGCUCUGCACGAGGCUGUGCGGCACGGCCACUACAGAGCCAUGAAGGUGCUGCUGCUGUACGGAGCCCAGCUGGACGUGCGGAACCGGGCUUCCGUCACCCCAGUGCAGCUGGCACGAGACUGGCAGCGAGGCAUCCAGGAGGCUCUGCAGGCCCACGUGGGGCAUCCUCGCACCCGAUGACAGCAGCCCUGCAGGGCCACUCAGCCACCAUUCCGUCCCCUGGUCCCCCUGUCCCCAUCCUCACGCCUGUAGUUCUGACCUGUCCCUAUUGCUCCCAAGCGGCCCUGUCAGGACUAGGGAGCAGCUCGGACUCCCAGCCCCAGCCUGGCUCCCAGUCUCAGGGACGACCGCUCCCUGCGAGGGUGCCAGUGAGGGAGGCUGCCACAGAGACCCGUGGUGGGGAGGGCGGCAGGGUGGGUGCCGAUGAGGCGCCGCCGCCGUGCCUGGGAGCCCAGGCUGCAGCACAGGCGGAGUCCUAAGCCUCCGUCCCCAUGGGCGUUUCCUGUCGGGUGGUGGCUCAGCUGCCAUCCAGGCCACAGGUGCCAGGCAUCCUGCAGCUGGCCGACGCCUGGGGUGGGGGUUUCUCACGGACUCCAUUCCUAUCAGCAGCAACCCUGAUGGCGUCUGGGGCGGCCCCCGGCAACUUCAGUCUUGGGGACUCUGGUGUUGGGGCUGGAGGGCUGCUCAGCAGGUCUGAGGCCCACCACCCGCUGGUUGCCUCAGAAGCCCUAAGGCUGAGGAGCUGGAGCUCGUACCUUAGGGAACCCUGUGCCCACUGUCUGAAGGCUUCGGUCAGGCCUGCCCGCCCGCCACUCCAGCUGACUAGCUGGUGGCUCUCCUUGUGGGGUAAAGUGCCUGGAUGCAGGGGGUUGCUUGUGGCCCACUCAGCUUUUGGGGAGGUGGCCCGUGACCCUAUUUUUCCUCAGGCACUAACGCCGCCCUGGCACUGGAGCGUGAGCUCCCGCCUGGACCCCGCAGCUGGUCUGCGCUAUCCUACCUCCAAGGUGGGACACCAAGCUCCGCCCGCAGGGCAGGCAAAGGAACACUUGCUCCCACCCCCAGCUGCUAAUUGGGGAUCUGUGUAGGACCCGGCUCCACACGGGCUCUCCUAACGGAUCCGUCCACUGUGCUUCAAAUUGUGCUGGUGUAGAUGUGCUCUGGCAGGGCUGGGUCCUUACAUGCCAGAGAGUGAAUCUUAAAGAAUUUGGCUCUAAACAGCCGCAGGAUGAGGGAGGGCUCCAUGAUGGUUUAGUCUUCCUCUCCUACUAAGGCACCUGGGCUGCCAUCCGUCUGCAGCAGUUACUAGUCUAACAUCGGUGGCCUCAGAACUUACUGUGUGAAAAAGCUGGCUAGAGCCCCACAGCUUCCCUUCCCUUGGGCAGCCCCUGCCCUGUGGGGACACAGCCAGCGUUUACCCAGACGCGGGGCUCCUAGGAGAAGCAGGUACUCUAGUCCAUGGAGAAGAUGACUCCCCAUCUAGAAAGUGGGGACAUUUACGUGACUGACAAAAAUACCUUUUUAUACAUAUCGAUAUUUUGUGUUCAUUAAAACUGGUUGGUUAUCCAUCAUA